AUGAUUAGUUUCUAUCAUCCAGGGUUAUUUUCAGGUUUAUCAAAGGUGGUCGAAUGACCGCGCCAAUUGCAAAGAGUGUUUGGGUGAAUUUAUAUAAGAAUUUAGAAAGGGAAGCAGCUAAGUUUCCUCAGUAUAACUAUAGAGUAUUCUUUCAACGUCGUAUUCGCGAACAUUUUGAAGCAAAUCGAGGUGUGUCCGAUCCCGUCGCUCAAAGGAAACUGCUAGAGAAAGGGCAGAAGGAGCUUGAAGUCAUACGUCGUCAAGUAGUGAUAAGUCAGCUCUAUCCUCACAAUAGGACUGUAAUCGAGGAAAAGCUAGAUACUUCUCAUAAGAAUCAGAGUGGCAAAGAUCUACAGUGA